UGGUCAUUAGACGUCAGUCGUAGUGAUGGCGCUGCGUGCGCAGGUCGUCAGCAAACUCAUUUGGACUACCUCGCUGCUGCUGCUCGGGGCCACACUGUUCCUGCUACCUGCGGAACUCAGCAAUGAUGCCAAGUCUUAUUUACGAUACCCUAAAGAUUCGUACCUCAACUUUACAACUCGAAGUACUAAUCGCGGGUACAUCACCGAGGAGCAUACGGUCACUACGGAGGAUGGGUACGUCCUCACCGUGUUCCACUUGCGCAGCGGGAAGAAGCCUCCAGGAGCAUUACGCCGGCCGCCUGUCGUCAUGAUGCACGGCCUACUUAUGAGCUCCGACACGUGGCUGGACGCAGGGCCCCACGCCGCGCUCGCCUAUCUUCUCGCCGAUGCACACUUCGACCUCUGGCUGGGUAACGUGCGAGGCAACCACUAUGGCAAGAGACAUACGACGCUAGAUCCACAAAAAGAUUCCGAGUUUUGGGAUUUCUCCACGGACGAAAUGGGCCUGUACGAUGUACCGGCUACAAUAGACUACGUGCUGAAUCAAACUGGUGCGAGUCAAGUGAAUUAUAUAGGAUUUUCACAGGGUGCCGGCACAUUCCUAAUUAUGUGCUCGGAGCGGCCGGAGCACUGUGGCAAGGCGCGCUCGCUCAUCGCGCUCGCCCCCGCCACUAGGCUGAGGCACACCAAAUCGCUUUUGCUUAAACUUACCGGGAGUCAGCUCAAUACGUACGAAAGCUUGUUAAGCGCUAUCGGUGUCAAGGAAGUGUUUUCUCUGGGCGGCUUCGGACAAAAGGUUCUGUCAUUCCUCUGUAAAUAUAAUAUUUUUAGGAACUUUGUUUGCAAGAGAUGCAUAGCGAUAUUGGAUUCAUAUCAUGCAGGGUCUAUAAAACCGAAGACGCUAAGAGUGCUGUACGGCCACUUCCCCGCGGGCACGUCGGUGAGGACGAUGGCGCGCUACGGCCAGGCGCUGUACAGCGAGGGCUACAGGAAGUACGACUAUGGAGAGACAAACAACAUUAAAGUGUACGGUACACCGACUGCGCCAUUCCACAACCUUAGCGCAGUUCACGUCCCCACAUACAUACUGCACGGCAACAACGACCGCCUGGUGGACCCCGCGGACGUGCGGUGGCUGGCGAAUAGCCUGCCCAACGUAUUAGAGCGGGCGGAGGUCGACGACCCCAUGUGGAACCACCUGGACUUCAUGUACAGUCAGCAUAUCAGGAAGCUAGUGCUGCCGAAGGUUUUACAAUACUUGGCGAAGUACAGUGAAGUCGAUCUAUAAUAACAAUCCGAGCGUACGACGUCAAAUUUUCAAUGACAGUCAAGCGAUUGUGAACCUUAGAGAUAUAUAUUAGCUGUUGCGUAUUUUUUUAUUGGAAGUGUUGUGUUUUUAUAAAGUUCAUUGCCGAAUCUCUUAAUGUUAUGAAUA